CAUGACCAAAACGACAUGAGUGGAGUUGAUUCUGUCUCAAAUUUGUCCGCCAUGUUCACACACACGUGCUAUGUACAACAUGAUCGCAUGUUCAGACGGUCGAAUGCCCAAGAUGCAUCGCGCGCCUCAAUGUCGUUCUCUUCGAUCACCAACAAGUUGAAAAUGGUGCAGCGACUGACCUACAGACGUCGUCUAUCCUACAACACUCGGUCCAACAGGAAAAGGAUUUCCAAGACACCUGGUAAGUUUGUCUUCAAUUCAAGUUUCGAUAUAAAACACCUUCCAGCUCUUCGUCCCAAGAAGCUGAUGCACAUAUCCAAACCACAGAAGACUGUUAGCAGGGCAUAUGGUGGUUCACGCUGUGCUCGAUGUGUGCGAGAAAGGAUAGUCAGGGCCUUCCUGAUUGAGGAACAGAAGAUUGUUGUACGUGUCCUCAAAGCACAGCAGGGAAAGAAACCAGCCUCGGAUUAAAAACGAAAUAAAUAAAUGUUUCAUUGUACAUA